CAGCCGGGGUAAUCCUGCAACCGGCCCCUCUGUCCCUGCCCCCUCCCCCAUCUCCUGCCCUUUGCAAUGAAAGCCCCUGUUAACUCUUCUCCCCUUUAGCAGGCGGCCCGAGUCAGUGCAAAAUGCUGGGCAUGUACGUGCCGGACAGGUUUGCCCUGAAGUCGUCUAAAGUUCAGGACGGGAUGGGGCUCUAUACGACCCGGAGAGUGAAAAAGGGUGAAAAAUUUGGCCCGUUUGCAGGAGAGAAGCGAAUGCCUCAAGAACUGGAUGAAAACACAGACUGCAGACUGAUGUGGGAGGUUCGAGGGAGUAAAGGCGAGGUCCUUUAUGUUCUGGAUGCUAGCAAUCCACGAUAUUCUAACUGGCUGCGUUUUGUCCAUGAGGCACCAUCGCAGGAACAAAAGAACCUGGCUGCCAUCCAGGAAGGUGAAAACAUUUUCUAUCUCGCUGUUGAAGAUAUUGAAACGGAUACAGAGCUGCUGAUUGGCUACCUUGAUAGUGAUAUGGAAGAAGCGGAGGAGGAGGAGGAGGAAGUGAUCCUUAACCAAGAAGAUGAAGACAAUAAUAAUAAUAAUAGUAACAACAGCAAUAAAGAACUACAACAAGCUGGUGAGAAAGAUUCUCUCAGCUGCAAAGAGGACCACACAUGUCCAAAUUGUGAAUCCAGUUUUGCCAGCCAGGAGAUCCUAGCUGAACACCUUCAGACGCUGCACCAAAAACCUAGUGAGGAAAAGGAAUUUAAGUGCAGGAACUGUGGAAAGAAAUUCCCAGUUAAACAAGCCUUACAAAGACAUUAUGAGCAGCACAAAGAGGCAUGCAAAGGGGAUGCUAGAUUCAUAUGCAAGGCUGAUAGCUGCGGGAAGAGGUUCAAGAGUAAGGAUGCUCUGAAAAAGCACAAGGAAAAUGUUCACACUGGAAAUUCUAGGAAGAAGUUGAUGUGCUCUGUGUGCAAUAAGAAGUGUUCCUCGGCUACAAAUCUUCAAGAGCAUCGAAAGGUUCAUGAGAUCUUUGAGUGUCAGGAAUGUGACAAGAAAUUUAUUUCAGCUAACCAGCUAAAACGCCAUAUGAUAACUCACUCAGAAAAACGCCCCUACACCUGCGAGGUUUGCAAUAAGUCCUUCAAACGACUUGAUCAAGUGACUGCACACAAAAUAAUACACAGUGAAGAUAAACCUUAUAAAUGCAAGCUUUGUGGAAAGGGAUUUGCCCACAGAAAUGUUUACAAGAAUCACAAGAAGACCCACUCUGAAGAGAGACCAUUCCAGUGUGAGGAAUGCAAGGCUUUGUUUCGCACCCCAUUCUCUCUGCAGAGACACCUACUAAUACAUAACAGUGAGAGGACCUUCAAGUGUGAUCACUGUGAUGCUACCUUCAAAAGGAAGGACACGUUAAAUGUUCACAUCCAAGUUGUGCAUGAUGGACAUAAGAAAUAUAAAUGUGAUCUGUGUGACAAAGCCUUUGUUACACCUUCAGUGCUUAAGAGUCAUAAAAAAACACACACAGGGGAAAAGGAGAAAAUUUGCCCAUAUUGUGGACAGAAGUUUGCAAGCAACGGAACAUUAAGAGUUCAUAUUCGGAGUCAUACAGGUGAGCGCCCUUACCAGUGUCCUUACUGUGACAAGGCUUUCAGCAAGAAUGAUGGACUAAAGAUGCACAUUCGCACCCAUACAAGGGAAAAGCCAUACCAGUGCUCUGAGUGCAACAAGGCUUUCAGUCAGAAGCGAGGCCUGGAUGAGCACAUGAGGACCCAUACUGGAGAGAAACCAUUCCAGUGUGAUGUUUGUGAUUUAUCCUUCAGCCUGAAGAAAAUGUUGAUCCGACACAAGCUGACUCACAAUCCCAAUCGUCCAAUGGCUGAAUGCCAGCUUUGCCACAAGAAGUUUACAAGAAACGACUACCUCAAAGUGCACAUGGAAAAUGUACAUGGAGAAACUGACAGCUAA